AUGUCCACCACUACCCCAUACGACAUGGUGGAAAACGAGUUGACGCAGCCGUCAACGCAGCAGAUCCUCGAUCCUCGCCGUUUAGGGAGGAAUAACUCGGGCCUGAGCGAGUCCGAUAUCUCCGAUGUCAUCUGCAUACUUCAUCCGUGCUCCUUGGCUGCCAUCCGCAUAGUCCGGGAAACUGCAAGGCUCUCUCCUCAGCACGUACUUCAGAACAACGGGCUGGUGAGCUUUGAUUAUGCAGACGAGGAUCCAGAUGAGAAAGAGACCUUUAUCGUUGAUGCUGGCAAGGCCCAAAAAGCGCAAGACCUCGCACUUCGGUUCUCCUCCCAAACUCUCAAGCCCUUCUUGGGGUUCUGCUUUGGACGAAAUUCGUCGCAAUGCGAUAUCGUGAUUGGGCUUGGGUCGGCCAAGAGGGUGAGCAAUAUGCAUUUCCGGAUUUUCAUGAACAAAUCGGGGAUCAUCAUGCUGGAAGACACUUCAACAAAUGGCACAAUGGUUGAAGAGGUGGUUCUGAAAGGAAAAUCGUCGAAAGGACCCACAACUCGGAUGCUGCAGUCAAAUGUAAUGAUACAAAUCCUUUCCCCAGACCCAGACGAGCAUAUCAAAUUUGUCGUCACCAUUCCGCCACGCGACGGCCAUGGCGAAGAGUACUACAGGAACUUCGCGGCAUACAUGGAGCGUCUGUCAAUCGCCGAACGGGCGCAAUAUCCAGCGCUCCAACAUCAACUUAGACCAGCCUUCGAUGCUGCCCAGCUCGAGAUCGCAGCGCAGCGUGGACAGCAAGGACAAAAAGCGUCGCCCGCUUUGGCCGGCCCAACGACAAGACUUCGUAGUGCUGCAGCCGCUGCCUCCUCGAAGCCAUCGGUGUAUGCCAGUACACGGUACGGCAUGCAUUGGAAUGGAGAUGGAAUUUACAAUGUGACCGGCGUACUUGGAAAAGGCGCGUUCGCGACUGUUUUCCAGUUGGCUACAGCUAUGGACGGGCAAAUCUUGGCCGCGAAAGAGCUUGAGAAGAGACGUUUCAUCAAAAACGGGCAGCUUGAUCAGAAAUUGGACAAUGAGAUGAGGAUCAUGAAGACACUAGUGCAUCCCAACAUCGUGCAAUAUGUUGACUACGUCGAUGCGAAAGAUCACAUCUACAUCAUCAUGGAGUACGUGCCGUGCGGGGAUUUGCAGGACUACCUCAAGGAGAACGACGUGCUUCAUGAGGCUGCGGCGAAGCGAAUGGCUUACCAGAUUCUUAACGCUCUCGCAUAUUUACACCGUAAGAAGAUCACUCAUAGAGACAUCAAGCCCGACAACAUCCUGAUUGCCAGUCUGGACCCGUUUGAAGUCAAGCUCUCCGACUUCGGCCUGUCAAAGGUUGUACAGCACGACGAGACCUUCCUCAAGACCUUUUGCGGCACAUUGCUGUAUUGCGCCCCGGAAGUGUUCCCGCAUUAUGGUACGCAUGCCGCCACCAGGGGUUCGAAACGUCGCAAACCUGGCAGUGCUCCUCCGUCACAAUUCCACUCCUAUAGCCAGUCGGUGGAUAUAUGGUCAUUUGCGGCGGUCCUAUGGUUUGCACUUUGCAGCAAACCACCGUUCGAAGGCGUGGUCGACCACCAAGGUCGCGGCAUGUUUGACAAGAUUAUGACCACAACUCCGGACGUCAAUCCUCUCCGAGCGCAUGGCGUGUCGCCACAAGCCAUCGAUCUCCUGAUACGAAUGCUGAACACCGAUCCGUCAAGUCGGCCUACGGAGCAACAGUGUUUGCGACAUGCCUGGUUCGACGACUUACGUACGGCGGAAGAGGCGCCCGAGCUCGAUGUGAAUUACGAGCUCAAUGCCAUUCCUGAGGAGUCGGACGAGAUUCUGCAGCAAGACGCAGAUUUGCGUCGCGAAGUCACUGCUGAUGACGCACUGAUAGGUUUGCUGCCUGAAACAUCGGAGGCAGGCGUGAAAGACCCUUCACCGGACGCGUUCUCACAGCUCAGCAUCAAUGACCGUGCGUCUGAUCGUGAAUCGUUCGAGAACGAAGCGGACCUAUCCUCCGACGACUUUCGGUUCCUCGAUCUUCGAGUAUCAAAGCGUGUCAAGACGGAUCCACUCCAUCCUCGAGACCAACACCGUGGCUACGCAGCGACCGACUCAAGUCCUGAGGGGUCCUAUCAGUCCAUACCCGUCAUGCGCCAAACCGACGAGGGCUUCACUGUGCCACAGCACACUGCGCGACCGCCCCGCCUCUUUGGCGAGAUUGGCCAGUCGGCUCUAGCGAGCUCUGGCAUUCUCGGAGAACGGACGAACCGCGCGCUCGAGGUUCACGACGCUUCUACCUCAACCGAGUCUAGCGCACGCGUUGUGAGCACCAUUCCGGGCGAGGAUCACGGCUAUGAUCAGGAUCAUGGCCACGCUCAAGGGUUGCAGGCCGCUCAAAGUCUACUUGGCGCCGAAUCCAUGGUGCGCGAACUCAACAUGGCAUCACCCGGUUCAGGAAACUCGCCUGCAGCGUCGCUAGACCAGCCACCGACGCCCAAGACGCCCGAAUCUCUUCCAAAUUCCUCAAUAGCGCAUGAAGAUGUCGAAACCCAAGGAGUGGGCCGACCUGAGGAUGUCACGCCGAAGCAACCCAGCUUCAGCCGACGCAUUCAUCUGCCGAUACCCACGGAAUUCUUCUUCGAACAGUACGACCAGAAUGCACAUAAUUCCGAGUAUGCGUCAAACGGCAGCGAUCAUGAGUACGCGGCGGAGGAAGCGGCACAGUCACGUGCCUUGCCUUCUCUCCCUGCAACGAUGACCGGUUCACUCGAUGAGGCAGACGCAGAGCAAGCAGAUAUAGCGCCGGUUCUCUUCACUCCUCCAGAGAACAAUUCCCAGUUCAAACUCCCGCCGCCUAUUUUCGGCAGACUCGAGCACACGCCAGACUCAUUCGCCCCGAUUGUUCUCAAGAUUGACCGCCGCGUCACCUCCUGGGGUCGCAAUCCCAGCAACACAAUUGUCUACCGUGAUGGCAGAGAUGUCCGUGUUCCGAAGGCCGCCCUGACCAUCUACUUCUAUGCCUCAGGGAUCGAAGACAUGGAUAGAGAAGGCAAAGACUGGACGAAGAUGGACGGCCUUUACACCGGCAUCUUCACCAACGCACGCAACGGUAUCUGGAUCAACGGAGUCGCCCUCAAGCCAUCGAGCGACAAGGAGUACUUUUGGGGUCACCUCCGUACGGGUGAUGUCAUCACGGUGUCCCAAGGCGGAAGAAGCGAGGCCCCGCUGAAGUUCAAGUGCGAGUUUUUCCAUGGCGAGGCGGCGCAGGCUAGGCCGGCUGGGUCGAGGUUCAUUGUCGAGAAGACUACCUUUCCAUGCUCGCAGUGA